AAGAACAGAAGCACUUUAAAAGACACAUUUCAACCAUUGUUAAAGCCCUGUGGAGAACCUAUCCGAACUGAUUCACACACGUCUGUAGGACCAGGCUGAAGAAUGGAGAUGAGGGAGAAUAUCUUUAUAAAUGCAAAGUCAAAGAUUACUAAAGUCAGCAAACCUGAUUCAGAAGACUGUGACAGUUUGUUUGAAGAAAUUCUUGUAAAUGAAGAGAACCUGAAGACUCACAUGACCAGAAGCACCAAUGAAUCUGAGAACGCAGGUGAGAAAACAGCAAGGUGUAGUGAACGCUGGAUGGUCAGUCGUGAGGGACACAUCAUCUGGAAUAACACUAAAAGGAGCAGAUGCAACAGACUGGCUAUACUGUGUCUUGAGCUGCUCUGCAUUGUCUUUCUGGUUGCCAUCAUACUUAUGUCUAUUGAGAAAGACCAGUUACAGACCAGUUACAACAACCUGACUGUAGAGAGAGAGCAGUUACAGACCAGUUACACCAAAUUAAUUACAGAAAGAGACCAGUUAAAGACAGGUAACAACAAGCUAAUCAUAGAGAGAGAACAGUUACAAACCAGUUACACCAACCUGACUGUAGAGAGAGACCAAUUACAGACCAGUUACACCAAUGUGACUGUAGAGAGAGACCGGUUACUGACCAGUUAUGACAACCUAAUCACAGAGAGAGACCACUUAAAGACCAGUUACACUAACCUGACUGUAGAGAGAGACCAGUUACUGACCGGUUACGGCAACCUAAUCACAGAGAGAGACCAGUUACAGACCAGUUACACCAACCUGACUGUGGCAAGAGACCAGUUACUGACCAGUUACGCCAACCUAAUCACUGAGAGAGACCAGUUACAGACCAGUUACACCAACCUAAUCACAGAGAGAGACCAGUUACAGACCAGUAACACCAACCUAAUUGCAGAAAGAGACCAGUUAAAGACCAGUAACAACAAGCUAAUCAUAGAGAGACAGCAGUUACAGAACAGUUACACCAAUGUGACUGUAGAGAGAGACCAGUUACAGACCAGUUACAACAACCUAAUCACAGAAAGAGACCAGUUACAGACCAGUAACACCAACCUGACUGUAGAGAGAGACCAGUUACAGACCAGUUACGACAACCUAAUCACAGAGAGAGACCAGUUACAGACCAGUUACACCAACCUGACUGUAGCAAGAGACCAGUUACUGACCAGUUACGCCAACCUAAUCACUGAGAGAGACCAGUUACAGACCAGUUACACCAACCUAAUCACAGAGAGAGACCAGUUACAGACCAGUAACACCAACCUAACUGCAGAAAGAGACCAGUUAAAGACCAGUAACAACAAGCUAAUCACAGAGAGACAGCAGUUACAGAACAGUUACACCAAUGUGACUGUAGAGAGAGACCAGUUACAGACCAGUUACAACAACCUAAUCACAGAAAGAGAUCAGUUACAGACCAGUAACACCAACCUGACUGUAGAGAGAAACCAGUUGCAGACCAGUUACAACAACCUGACUUUUGAAAAACAACAGCUACAGGUUAAAAUUCAGCAAAUAGCAAAGGAAAAGGAAGACUUACAGAGCAGCUCCAACACCAUGAGAAACCAGAUGGACCUUUUGCAGAAGGAGAAAAACAGACUUCAGCAGAAGCUGAAUGACUUACGUGCACAAAAUGGGUUGGGAUGGUUGUACUUCAGGUCCAGUCUUUACUACAUCGCUCUUGAGAAUAAGAACUGGUAUGAUAGCAGACAGUACUGCAGACAGAAAGACGCUGACCUGGUGAUCAUAAACAGCAGAGAAGAACAGGAUUUCCUCUUCAGUAUUUUAGGCAAAACUGAGGGGAUUAUGCUUUGGAUUGGUCUGACUGACAGUCACGCAGAGGGCUCGUGGAAAUGGGUGGACGGCUCAGCACUGACCACUACCAGAAACAAUGGGGAGUCAGCAGUAAGUAAGGUUACAUCGUCUGAAAAAUGAAAUAAAAUGUAGGAAGAAAACUGAAAGAUCAGCGUCCACAAAGAACCAGAACCAGGGUACAAGACAGAGGACUUCAGAGUGACGAUGAAGUUAUGUUUUCUGCUGGAAAGGUGGGGUCAAAUACUUACUUUGUUGUCUGGCAUUGUCAACAUGACUAAAAAGUUACAUGGUUGAAUUUUUAAAAAAGUAUAAAUAUGCGUCAAAGUAUAGCAGUAUUUUGGUGCUAGCAUUAAUCCUAACAUUCCCGCUACAUACCCGAGCGAAAGCUUUUAUCCACCUACAAAUAGAAGUCGUCCACAUGACUCUAGUUCCAUUCUGCAGCAUUUAGUAUUGUUGUGAAAGUGUUUGGUCCAAAUCAGGAAGAGUAAAUAAUAAGCUGACCUGCUGUCAGCUGCUGUCACUUUCUCAGUCAGGUCAGUUUCAACUGUGAGUGACAGCAAAGAUAGAAAAUGAUUUACAAACAAACAUUACAUAGCGCUGCUCGAUGCAUUUGGUAGCUGUUGUGCGUUACUUGAACAGAUAUUGGUUAAAUUGAUUAUGACAGCUGUAUCAGUUAUUGACUACACAGAAUUAAAAAAAAAAAAAACAUUUCUUGUAGUUAUCAUUAACUUAACUUCCACAUCCGUUGAGCAACACUGCCAACGCAGACCGUCACUUCACUGUCAAAUAAGGAGAAGAUGACUACCUCUCCACAACAUCGGGAGCAGUAUAGAAGCUUUGUAUCACCCUUGCCACUAGGUGUCAGUAU